UGCGGGUGGCUCCGCCCAGAGCCCAGCCUCGGCCCCCGCCUCUCCCCGGGCCAGACUCCGGGAGCGGAAAUUCCUGCGCGGGCGGGACCGGGCGGGAGCGGAUCCCAGCGGGCCGGUCUCGGCCAUGGAGCCAGUAGCGACCUGGACCCCCGCGAAGGUGGCAGCUUGGCUACGAGGCCUCGAUGACUCCCUGCAGGAAUAUUGCUUUGAGGACUGGGAGCUGCCUGGCAAGUACCUCCUCCAGCUCUGUCCCCAAAGCCUUGAGGCUCUGACCGUGAGGCCUCUGGGCCACCAGGAGCUCAUCCUGGAAGGGGUGGAACAGCUCCGAGCCCUGAGCUCUGGGCUACAGACAGAGAACCUGCAGAGCCUGACGGAGGGGUUGCUAGAGGGGACGCAGGCCUUCCAGAGCUUAGUCCAGGACAACCUGGAAGGCUGUGCCGAGCCCCCUGCUGAUGUCCUCAGUGCUGCUGUGGAACUGGUGCAGGAGGCCCGUGCCCUUCUUUUCUGGCUCAACAGGUACCUCUUCUCCCACUUAAACGACUUCUCGGCCUGCCAGAAGAUUGGGGAGCUGUGCGCAGAGCUGGGCCAGGCCUUGCAGGAGGAUAGUCCAGCAGCCAAGAAGGAGAGCAAAGUCCUGAGCAUCUGUAGCCACAUGGUGGGGAUCUGCCACACCAUCCUGAGCUGCAGCCCCCAGGAGCUUCUGGAGCAGACAGCUGUGCUGGAGUGUGUGCCGCUGGAUGAUCCUUUGGGUCUGGAGAUCCACACCACCAGUAACGGCCUGCACUUUGUGUCCCAAGUGGGCACCCAGGUCCCUGCCGACUCCCGGCUGCAGAUCCUGCCCGGAGACGAGAUUGUCCAGGUCAAUGAGCAAGUGGUGGUGGGCUGGCCCCAUAAGAACGUGGUGAGGGAGCUGCUUCGAGAGCCAGCCGGGGUCAGCUUAGUGCUGAAGAAGGUCCCGGUACCGAAGAACCCCCCACAGACCCCUCCUCAGGCCCUGGGCUCCCCACAGCUGCGGAUCCCCUCGCUGCCUCUCACCCCACAGUCUCCCAGGGCCCCGUCCGAAGACGUCUUUGCCUUCGACCUGACUGCAAACCUAAGUCCCGGACCCAGCCCUGCAGGGACAGACUCUACCUCCCUUGACCCUGAAUCCCUACCCACUUUCCCUGGACCCCCCGCCACACUCCCAGCAGCGGUAGCAAUGGCUCAGGAACCCCCAGAACACCCUGACAAGAGUCCUGUCCUGGGUCAGAAGAAAUCAAAAGGUGUGGCAACACGGCUGAGUCGGCGGCGGGUGUCCUGCCGAGAGCUGGGCCAGCCAGACUGUGAUGGCUGGCUUCUGCUGCGCAAGGCGCCCGGUGGCUUCAUGGGCCCUCGCUGGCGCCGCUGCUGGUUCGUGCUCAAGAGACACACGCUCUACUGGUACCGGCAGCCCCAGGACGAGAAGGCUGAGGGCCUCAUCAAUGUUUCCAACUACAGUCUGGAAAGUGGACAGGAUCAGAAGAAAAAAUAUGUGUUCCAGCUGACCCAUGACAUGUACAAGCCCUUCAUUUUCGCUGCUGAUACCCUAGAGGAUCUGAGCAUGUGGGUGCGCCAUCUUAUUACCUGCAUUUCCAAGUACCAGUCUCCAGGCCGGGCCUCCCUGCCCCGAGAGGAAGACUGCUACAGUGAAACAGAAGCAGAAGAUCCUGAUGAUGAGGCGGGGUCCCGCUCAGGCUCGCCCUGCCCGCAGCCCAGUCCAGCCCAAGCGUGGAGUCCACUCCAUGGAAACACAUUACUUGCAGCCACCCCUGUUCAGGGUGGCCCACGGACUUCCUUUGGCCCCCCACCAGACAACAGUGAAGGGGCACUGGAAGGAAUGGUGUGGGGGCUGAGGCAGGGUGGCGUGUCCCUCCUGGGCCAACCACAGCCUCUCACUCAUGAACAAUGGCGGAGCUCCUUUAUGCGGCGCAACCGAGACCCCCAGCUCAACGAGCGAGUGCACCGCGUGCGCGCUCUACAGAGCACACUCAAGGCAAAGCUGCAGGAGCUGCAGGCCUUGGAGGAAGUACUGGGCGACCCUGAGCUGACUGGAGAGAAGUUCCGGCGGUGGAAGGAGCGGAACCAGGAGCUCUACUCAGAGAGCCUGGGAGCCGCGCGCAUGGUGCAGGCUGAAGGCCAUUCCCAGGUCCUGAUGUCUGACUCCAGAGAACAGUCUUCCCACCCCCUGCCCUCUGACCCCGAGGAACAGUCCCAUCUCUGCCCCCUGACCCCAGAGAGCAACCUCCAACCUCCUGACCUCUGACCUUGGCUACUACCCUGGCUCCUGACCUCUGGCCUUGAGAACCACCUCAAUCCUCAGCCUCCAACACGCCCAUGCCAGAGCAUCCCCUGGUUCUAUUCAAGGUUGAAGGUAGCGCUAGGCCAUGUGUCCCCUCAAGACACCCCCCUUUGCCUCAGCGUCCACCAUUUCUGCUCCUCUGUCCCCCUGAGUGGGCUAAGGUGAAGUGAGUAGUGCCAUCCUUCCUUGCCAAUGAAGGAGUGAGAAGCUGGGCUAAAGAAUUCUCUCCCCCUCUGACCUAUGUGGGCAUAAGACUGCACUUCUCCCUCCCCUAAGCCAGCCCGUAUAGGUGUUCAUUUUACACAAGAGACACUUUCAACAAAAUAAAAUCAAUUUAUCAAAAAUGAAUCCA